GUAAGUGUGGUCGUCCGCUUCCUUCUUGAUUCUUGAUGCUUCUCCCGCAACGAGGAGCGUGAUGAUGGAAGGCACUUCAUUCUGUUCGCCGCAGACAGGCCGUGAUAGCCUGUCCGCAAACACAAUUGAUUCUUUCAUGCUGUCUCUCGUCCCGUCAGAUGGGUAUAUGCAACCGGAGACGACGCCGGAAAUCUACAGCCAAGCCAUGCGCUUGCUCUUGGAUCUCCGGCAACAAGUGCAGCAGACCAUGGACGAUGCCCUCGUCAAUGGUUACAUCAGUAUUGACGCUGCCGCCACAUUGGGUCACGAGAUUGCAGGACAUUUUACGACGGCCAUACGCAAGACUACACUUACAACGACGCUUGUUUCAACAGAGAUCAACUCACAGCCCACCGAUUUCCAUGGCGCGUGGGCCACGGCCAACUUCGCCGCACCAAUAGAGCCGCCAUCGCUUGAAGGCACAGAUAUAGUAGCUGCAGUGGCUUCAACACCAGCGCCGCUUGCUAGCAUUCCUUCGAGCAAUAUUUGCAGGGCCGAUGUUCUCCCUGCAAAAAGCUCUGCCACGAACAGCGUCACCAGAGUCACGGGAGCGCGGCUCUCCACGACAACUUCAACGCGGAGGAAGCGGAUGCCCAAAAUCCAGGGUGCAUAUCCCUGCACGCCCUGCAACAGGGUGUACGAUCGCUUUGGGGACUUGACCAAACAUGCCGCCGUUCACGAACCUGGGAAGCGGACAAGCUAUCGAUGUCAUCUCUGUGGUAAGGGCUUUGCCUACCCUGAAGACCUCCGACGGCAUUCCUCACGACCCAAUUCUGCAUGCCAGACGCUCCCUUCGACGCCGAGCACCUUAUCUCCGACGGAGGUCGCCAAUCUGACCAUGGUAGACCACGGCUACUUUCCACCUGUGGAAGAAUAUCAAGCGAGGACUUCGAAGCCAAGAUGCGCGCCAGCUCCUCUGCUGCCUACGCCAGGAACGCACGAUAGCGACUUGCCCAUCUUUGGAACCGAUACCCUGGCGACUAUACCAGACAUGAGCGAGCCGAUGCCUCUGCAGACAUGUUCAUGUCCAAUCUCAGAUGCGUGCAUACUGGAAACACUGGCACUGCUGCAAGGCUCGCUCAGCCUGCUGCGGCAAGCUUGCCUGUUACAGGAUUUUGUGGACGCGAGACUAUCAGCACUUCUUGCCGAGCCAUGUCAACUCAAGACAUGCAUCAUCGACCUUUUGCCAGACCUCGACAGUUUUGAAACUCCAAAAACUGGAUCCGAGACUUCUGUGCUCUUGAGACGCGACUCGUUCCUCCCGACUCCGGAAAAUUCGGAUAUUUGCUCUUUCGUCAGACAGCGCCUCAACGACUUGCUACUGGAUCCCGUCGACGCCUUUGCGCCUAUUCAGCACUGUCUACACGCACUCCUCACGAUGUUUGGAUUCGAGAGUGUGGAAUUUCGCGCUCAUCUACGCCACCUCAAGGCGACAAAAGCAGACGACGAAAUCGAUCUCAUGUGCCAGGCAUAUGACCAUUUGGCACGUUCGACUCUCAAAGUCUACAGCUCACAGCUUGACGAGAAAGUCGAUACUCUUCAGUCGGCGAUAGAAGGAGUUGCAGCGCAAAUCAACAUGGGGAAUGAGAUCAAAAGUGCUUCGACUGGCGAGAUUGUGGAAUUCGUGGCAGCUGAGAAGCGCUUCUCGUUCACGACUGCGAAGCUGAUAUCUAUCCCGGGCAAUGAUGCUUGCGCAUGAGCAUACUUCGUUCAAAAUCUGGUAUGCGAGACGUUGAUGGCGCCAUCCACUUGGUCUCGUGAACAUAUCUUCUUACCAGUAAGCACUUUCUACAUACGAUUGCGCAAAAGACCACGGCUGCGACUUAAUGGCAAUGUCGGCUACGAGAAAGGCAAGUCUUACAGCACUUCGCAGCCAGCCAGCAAGCCAGGUUCCAUUUCAACUGGGACCAUAAAUCUAUUGCGCAUUCGACGCCGGACUUCGAGGGGCACAUCGUCCUCCACCUGGCGAGGACCACU